CCUCCCAGAGCUGGGAGGGACAUGUAUGGUUGGCUGGCAGGGCUGUGAGCUGUGCCUAUAUAACACACAGAGUCCCGGCUACUUCAUAGACAGCCACAUACAGGCAACCUACCAGACGGCCAGCCAGCUCACCACAGAUGCCAGGCGGGACUCGGAGGUAGAAAAGCCGCAGCAUACCAGGAGCAGCUACACGACGCGGCUGAAUCCCCGGCAUACAGCAGAGCGGCACUGCCAGCAGUUCAAUCAAUAUCCAGUGACAACACAAUUUCACACUACCGUAUAUAAGACACAGAAUGUGGCUGCUGGAGAGGAUCCGAGGCACAGUGGAUCACAGCAGUGGUCGACAAGUAGGAGAAUCUGGUGACAAACAGGGAAAAGGUGGAUCAUACAGUAAUGUGUUGACUCCAGACAAGAUUCCUGACUUUUUUAUCCCACCAAAACUUACUAGUGUACCAGCAGAAGGAGGAGCUGAAGGUGCUACAGCAGGUGAGGGAGUACAGUCCAAACCUAAUAUAGGCACUUCGGCUUCUGAGCAAAACUUGUCAGGCAGACGUCCACUACGCAGCCCUCGUCUACCAACCAAAGCUACUUCAGAGAGCAAAAACCUUGUGAAAUCUGCAAACCGCCACAUCAUUCAGAUUGAAAGUGCAGAUGAAUGGGCUUCAGAGGAAGACUUAGGUACCAAUGCAGAUCCACAAUCUCAAUCUGCCAUGUCUCUUCCAUAUGUCCCAAAGGCCCAGACAUCAUAUGGUUUUGUGACCCUAAUGGAAAGUCCACAUACUCGGCGUAAAGAGUCCCUCUUUCACACUGACCAGGGGUCUCUUUCCCCAUGUCCAUCACAAUCUAGUUCACCUAGUUCUCAGAGAAGAAGUGGAACAGAAGGAGGAUCCCAGUUAAACACUUCAGAUUUUGGAAUGUCAUUGAUGAAUCCAUACCGGUAUUUUAGUGGUGGUGAAAGUGAUACCUGCUCCUCAGCUGAGUCCUCACCAUUCAGUUCACCAUUACUUUCUCGCUCAGUUUCUCUGCUGAAAAUAUUCACACCAGACACACAAUCAAAAUUCAUCAAACUCAAGCACUCGGUUGCUAGAAACAGUUCACUGUCCACAGAUGAGUGCAGUUCUGCUGACACUAGUCCUAGCAUGCCAAGACGAAGAGUAAGAGGUGCUAAAGGAACUGGUUUAGGUUCUGGACAACAAGGUGUGCUACCUUUGGACCUUCUACAGAAGGAGCAUAAUGUGGUGCUCAGUAAAGGAGGCAGUAUGAGACUGUCGGCAGAGUAUGACCCAUCUAAUGCCCGUCUAAGAGUAAGGUUAAUAGCAGCAGAGCAUCUCUUUGACAAACUUUGUGAUCUGAAAGGAGUAAACUGCUGUGUGGUUCUCUAUCUGAAUCCUGGUAAAGUUCACCGUCAGAGAAGCACUAUUAUCAAGAACAGCCGAAACCCAGUGUUUAAUGAAGAUUUUUUCUUUGAUGGAUUGGUGGCUGGAAGUGCUAAAAAGAUGUCACUUAAACUAAAGGUGCUGAACAAGGGAAGCAGCCUUAAAAGAGAUACUCUCCUUGGAGAGAAGGAGAUUCCACUGACUUCACUUUUGCCCUUUCUUUGAGAACGAAGAAGCUAUGAUAGAGUGCAUGGUGUGUGAGAGAGAGCGAGCUGUUUGCUCUGCAGUGGUGAAUGCAUUUACGUACAAAGUAACGACCAAACAAGAUAACACCCUGCACGUGAUCGCACAAAGCACUGCAAAGCGUUGCACUUGACAGCUAGAAUGCAGAGGGUAGUACUUCCUACCUAGAAAACCUGCACACCUUCAAUCAGAAAAUGGAAGAGUGUUGAGCUUCCACUGCAAUAGGAAACUGCAGAGCCCCGUACAUUAUAGCAGCAAUUUUAAUCUUCAUCUUUUAACAAAUCAACAUCAUUUCAUAGAGAGGCCUAAAGAGAAUUAACCUAAGUAAACUCAGAUAAUGAAGAAACAUUAAUAUUGUAUCUACAGAACGUUGUACAUUGCCCUGACUGCUAGAAAUCAGGAGCCUUCAGAUUAUCUAAGCUUGUGCAAAGAGAAUUUACACUUACAAUAAGUUCACAUGGAUAAAACCUGGCAAUUAUCUUUUAGACAAAGGAGAAUAGCAAAUAUAACCUCUUGUUAUAGCCGCUAUAUGUGCUCAUAUUAAAGCCAUGUCUUGUAUGGCUGCGUGAGUUCGCAAUUAUUCUGCGCGCUUGCAUAGCAACAGUAGGCAUACACUACAUGUACUUUAUAUGAAGCAGGCUUUAACUGAAUUAAUUGGCAGCUUUGCCUCUGGUUAUAUAAUGUUAGUUAUUUUUAUAUUUUGGAUCUUAGCAGUAACUAACAUGCAGUAGCAGAGACACCAAGGCAUCAUCAGUUAACCAGACAUUGGCAGGCAGCAGGCAUUGUAUCAGGUGGCAUCCAACAGGGCAGGAUCUCUCUCUUAGCUUUUCACUAUGGACCUAUAGAACGGCAGUUCUCUGACUCAAUUCUUGGCUCUCUGCUAUGUGUAAUGCAGAAUAUAGUAUUAUGGGAUAAUGAUUUUCUCAUACAAAUAUUAGAUGCUUCCAAAAAUUCACCAGGUGUCUCAGACUAAUGUACUUUUCACCAUCUGGAUGGAAUGAAGACCCAGCAAUCUUUUCUUCCUUUAACCAAUUCUCCUGCCUGUGAAAAUCCUGCUGUUUUUCAGGCCCUCCCACAUAGCAAGAAAUAUUGGAUCCAACGUGUAGUUUCUCUUUCACACCGAGAAUUUAAGAAGAUGCAGCGUGAGUAUUUACAGCAUACACACUCAUGCAGAUGGUAGAUUCGAAAAGGUCAAACAUUCCCAUAUGGGUAAAGGAAUACGAAAUGAGACUCGUGAAGACUGAAUAUUAACACAUACAGCACCACAGCCUUUAACUUAUUUUUAUUAAACUAAAGUUCUAAGUCCCCUGAAGUGAAGAAUUACCUCUACUGGGGUCAUGUACAAACAUGGAAAAAUGCAUCUCUCCCAUGUGCAGGUUUUGAAGCUAAUACUAGAGGUAGAAUCUGUUCUAUUUCAUUCUUCUCCCAUUAUGAUUCACUCGUGAUAUUGGCUUCAUAACUGCAUCACAACGACAUGUGUGAAAGCACCCUUAGGGCAAGUAUAACACUUUUUAUGCUCUUAUAAUAAUAAUAAGAAUAAAAGAUGAAAGGUACCAGAAUUGAUAACUUUUUGGUAGGGUAAGAUCAUUUAUUUUAUACCACUGGUGUAUGCAAUCAGCAGUAGCCUUGUUGAUAUUUGACUGAUUUAUCAAACUUCUGGUUUGAACACAUGGGAAAGAUUUGUCACAGCUGGUGCAAAGGAAAACUCACUUAGUCGCCCCUAGCAGCCAGUUGGUUAUCCUUUCAUUUUACAAAAGAGCUCUGAAAAAUAAAAGGUGGAAUUUGAUUGGUUGCAAUGGACAACUAAGCCAGUUUCACUUUGCACCAAUUCUGAUAACUCUGCCAUAGUCUUUUUUUCCCUCUCACCACAAAGGAAUUAAAUACUAUCAUUCUCUCAAUGGGAAAGUGUAUUUCUAUUCGUUAUUAGAGCAGAAAGCUACUUAUUAUAGUAACAAGGUUCCGCAGAAAAAUAUUGUAUUAGCUUAUUCCCGUGUGCACAGACCCCUAUGAUGGUAGAUAGACUGCACUAUAGGUCCACAACACAGACCGGUAGCCCCUUUGUUUGCCAUCAUCUGGUGCCUCCAUGAAGCACCAUUAUUCCCCAGUGUUUCUAGGAGAGAAUACCACCAUAAUAC